AUGACUGUGCAACACAAGAUUCUCAUUGCCAACCGUGGCGAGAUCGCCUUGCGCAUCCAGCGCUCGGCGGACAAGCUUGGUGUCCCCACUGUCGCCAUCUACACUCUUGCGGAUGCGGCGACACCCCACGUCUCCGCAGCCGGCGAGUCGUACAUGAUCGGCGACGGCACCGACCCCAGGGGGUAUCUGGACAUGGAGGCGAUUCUGGACAUUGCCAAGAAGAGCCAGACGACGAUGAUUGCUCCCGGCUAUGGCUUCCUGUCUGAGAACGCGACGUUCGCAGGUAUGGUUGAGGACGCGGGCAUCAUCUUCCUGGGCCCAACACCCACACAGAUCUCAAGCAUGGGCCUCAAGCACGAGGCGCGUGAGGUCGCCAAGAAGGCGGGUGUGCCGAUUGUCCCCGGAUCGGAGGGUGUUGUCGACAAACUCGAGGACGCGGUUACUAUCGCGGCUGAGAUUGGAUACCCCGUCAUCGUCAAGGCCAGUGGAGGCGGUGGUGGCAUGGGUAUGACUGUAUGCCGCGACGAAUCUGAGAUGCGCGCCAACUUUGAGGCGACGCGUGAGAAGGGUGCCCUACUCUUCAAGGAGCCUGCCGUGUUCGUCGAAAAGUACAUUGAGCGCGCACGCCACAUUGAGGUGCAGGUGUUCGGUAACGGACGUGGACACGUCAUCCACGCCGGCGAGCGCGAGUGCAGUGUGCAGCGUCGCCACCAGAAGAUCAUCGAGGAGGCACCUUGCGCCCUCUUCGCCACUCCCAAGGGCCAGGAGGUCCGCAAAGCUAUCUGCAAAGCUGCAGUCGAGCUGUGCCAAGUCAUGAACUACCGUUCCGCCGGCACGGUCGAGUUUGUUCUCGAUGAUCUCUCGGAUAACCUCGACUUUUACUUCCUUGAGCUCAACGCCCGUAUCCAGGUCGAGCACCCUGUGACCGAGGUGAUCCACCCCGGCCUCGACCUCAUCGAGCUCAUGAUCCGGCAGGGCAUGCAGUCAAAUGGCUCGCUUCCUGCCGCCGAGCUCCAGCAGGAGCCGCUCCUCAAGAUUGACGGACACGCCAUCGAAGUGCGUGUGUAUUGCGAGAACCCCAACGCCGGCUUCCAGCCCUCGCCUGGCCAGUUGUUCGAGGUUCGCUGGGGCGACGUCGGACCGCGCGGCCGUAUCGAGACUUGGGUCAAGAGCGGCUCGCUCGUCUCACCGUAUUACGACCCAAUGGUCGCAAAGCUCAUCGUGUGGGGUCCCACCCGCGAGGAGGCCAUUAACAAGGCCAUCCAGUGUCUCGACGAGACCAAGGUCGUUGGCCCUCACAACAACAUUGCCUACUGCCGCUCUAUCCUCGACACCAAGGACUUCCGCGAGUCUACCGUCACAACGACGUGGUGCUCGCGCUUCAAGUGGCGCCCUGCUGCUGUCGAGGUUGUCACCCCAGGAAUCUCGUCUACCGUUCAGGACCUUCCGGGCCGUCGUGUCGGUCUCGGCCUGCCUCGUGGCGGUCCAGGUGACAUGCUGUCGUUCCAGGCUGCCAACAUUCUCGCUGGUAACGACCGCUACACCGAGGCCCUCGAGUGCACGAUGCAGGGCCCCAAGCUGCUCUUCCACGUCGACUCAGUCGUCGCCGUCGCCGGUGCCGACAUGAAGGUUACCAUUAACGGCAAGGAGGCGCCGCAGUGGACGACAUUGUUCAUCAAGGCCGGCGAGACCCUGUCUGUGGGUAUGGCAUCCGGUGGCGUCGGCCUGCGCAGCUACAUUGCUGUGCGUGGUGGAUUUGGCAACGUCUCCGAGUUCAUGGGUUCCAAGUCGACGUUCACGGGUGCCUCUCUCGGUGGAUACCAGGGCCGUACCCUGCUGCCAGGCGACCUCCUCGAGAUCUCGGCCUCUACGGAUGGCCCGACGCUCACUGUCCCCCCGGCAGCUCGCACUCCACUCUCCAACGAGUGGACUGUUCCCGUGCUCGCCAACGCUCAGUGGGACCUCGAGUACCUCGACAAGGAAGGCAUGGAGACUCUUCUCGGCUCUACGUGGACGGUGUCGACGUCGUCGAACCGCUCCGGUCUUCGCCUCGACGGCCCGCGCAUCAAGUGGUCGCGUGCCGACGGUGGUGAGGGUGGUGCCCACCCUUCCAACGUCCUCGACCAGGGUUACGCGUUCGGUUCGCUCAACGUCAACGGUGACACGCCAGUGCUCUUUGCUGUCGACUCUCCUGACAUGGGCGGUUUCUCCAACGUCCUUUCCAUGGCUGUUGGUGCUUCUUGGAAGUCGGGCCAGAUGCGUCCUCAGGACACGAUCCGUUUCGUCCUUGUAUCCCCCGCCGAGGCUGCGCAGAUCAACAAGGACAACGACGAGUGGCUCGCUGCGUGCACGACGCCCAAGGCGCAGCCACUUCGCGAGAUCACCGCUUCCAAGGACAUUCAGGACAUUACGCGCUCGUCUGUCCUCCACCACGUUGCGGCAACAAAGGACACGCCCGCGCGCUGGAUCCGCCAGUGUGGAGACGAGUACCUCAUCUACGAGGUCGGUCCGAUGCAGCUCAUCAUCCAGGACCGCGUGCGUGUUGAGCUGUGGGAGCGCGCCAUGAAGGAGGCCAACAUCCCCGGCGUCGUGUACAUGAACGCAUGCGUUCGCUCGUCCAUUGUCCACUUCAACCCCGAGAAGAUCAGCCAGGCAGACUUGGUCAAGCGCAUGGCCGACAUCGACAACGCCCUUCCGGCGGGUUCGGACGUCGAGCUCGACGUCACUAUCCACAAGUUCCCCUGCGUGCCCGAUGACAAGUGGACGCACGAAUCGAUCGACUACUACAUGAAGACGGCGCGUAAGGAGGCAGUCUACCUCCCGUCCAACACACAGUACAUUGCCGACAACAACGGCAUGACUCUGCAGGACGUCCACGAGACGCUGACGUGCACGCCUUGGCUUGUCCUCGCCCACGGCUUCUUCGUCAUGCUUCCUUUCAUCAUCCCUAUGGACCCCACGCGCCGUGUUCUGGGCCAGAAGUACAACCCAUCGCGCACCAAGACCUGCGAAGGUGCAAUUGGCCUGGCCGGCGUCAUCGGCGCCAUCUACCCCAUCGCCAGUGCUGGCGGAUACCAGCUGCUGGGACGGACGCUCUCGACGUGGCAGGCGUGGGCUGAGAAGCACAGCAUUCUGAACAACUUUGACUCGAUCGAGUUCUACACCGUCACCGAGGAUGAGUUUGUCGACAUUGAACGCCAGUUCAAGGCUGGGAGCUGGAAGCCCGAGACUCGUGCGUCCAAGUUCAAGAUGGUGGACUACCUCAAGUUUAUCGCCGAGAAGGAGGCUGCCACUGCCGAGUUUAAGCAGCGUCAGGCCGAGUGCUCGACCCGCGUGGCCGCAAAGGAAGAAGAGAUGUUCAAGGCCUGGCUGGCCGAGAAGGAGGCCGAGGCCGCCAGCGGCAAGACGUCAGCCAACACGGCCGAGGCAGAUGGCGAACCUGUCAUCUCACCCCUGUCUGCCAGUGUUUGGAAGGUGCUGGUCAAGGAAGGCGACAUUAUUGAGAGUGAUGAGCAACACGUCGUCGAGCUCGAGGCCAUGAAGACCAGUGUCUUCAUCGCAGCAGGUGACGACAUGAAGGGCAAAAAGGUCAGCGCGAUCGUCGUCCAGCACGGCGACGCCAUCAACCCAGGUGCGCCCCUCAUCUAUCUCAAGUAG